CAAGCGCCUAGAAAUCUCAGAUCGUUUUAGGUUGGUAGGCCGGUUUUGUCUUUAUUUGGCCCAUUUUAAUGAGUUCAACAUGUUUACAGUGAAGCCAUUUUACGAACCGCAAAGAAAAGUUGAACUGCCAGAUGUAAUGUACAAAGUUAAGAACUUUCACGAGGAAACAUCCAGCAACUCUGCAGACAUUUCCAGUAUGGACCCUGUGUUGGCUUUGGAGAUGAGACAGGAGAAAAUCCUGACGCGGCUGGGAGAACUCCGCCAGACCCUGGACCAGCUUAAGUCACGUUAUGCCGUCACUGACACCACACCCCCACCCAGCAAGCCUGGAAAGGCCACCAAAGUUGCUGCUGCUGUUAAAUCAACGUCUGCUGUGGCUAUUAAAAGUCCAAUUGGCAAAGGCAUCCAUGAUAUAGUGAUCUACGCUGACCCAGCCAGGCCUCCACUGGCGUUGUUUGUACUGUUUGAGAUGUUGAAGCAGAAGUACACAGUCCUGGCGACAUCUUACACCCACUCCUCCUUGACUGGUAUUGACCUGCGCUUCUCUGAUGUCAUACGCAGCGGUUCUCAAGUCACUCGUGGUAACCACCAGCUCGCCCUCUCAGUUGUAUGGAAGAAAGUGGAGAAUGGUCCUGAACUUAUGGUAUCUCCGGCAAAGCAGUCUGUGAUUACAGGGGAGGUUAAUAUUGCCCGCUAUCUCAACAGGCUCAUCUCCCCUGACUUUGACACUUCUGAUAUCACCAUGGCAACCAUGGCUGACGAAUGGCUUGACAACACUGAUCUUCAACUGAUGAAUGGCAACUCGAAACAAAGGAACGCCUUUGUGAAAAAUUUAAACAAUACUUUAAAGUAGUCACAAUGGGUGAUAGGGAACACGUUCUCAGUAGUGGAUGCUGUUGUAUGGUCAGCUCUAAUCAAUACUGACCUGGCUGUGACGGCUCCUGAGAACGUCCAGAAAUGGGGACAGAGGCUCGCCUCUCUACCGGCGUUCAAACCUGUGAAUUCUCUAGUAUGAACUAUUGUUAGUGCUUCUAAUAUUUUGAAUUUAAAAAAAAAAUGAACUAGAAGUUUGCAAUUAAAUAAACAUACCACAUAAAUUAUGUGGUAUUGAGUGGCUGAUA